GUCACCCUCUCGAGUGGGCUCACCAUGGCUGCCGCCUUCCUCUUGGUGCUGGUGGCAGUGGGAGCGGUGCAGGCCACGGUCCCCGAGCCCUGCCAGGGUGGCCCCGUGUCCUGGUGCCAGGAUGUGGCCACCGCCACCCGGUGCCACAGGGAGCAGGACUGCCGCGACCUCUGGGACAGCCUGGACCUGUGGACCGUGGCCGGAGGGGAUGUGGCCGAAUGGACCGCGACAGUGCCCGGCAAGGGGAAGAAGUGCAGCCUGUGCACCAAAAUCCUGGAGCAGAUCAAGGCGAUGGCGGGUGACAACCCCGAUGAGGCAGCGGUGGAGGCGGCGCUGGGCAAGGCCUGCCGGGCCCUGGGGAAACGCCUGGGCCGCCUUUGCAAGCGGCUGGUGAGGAAGUACUGGGAGCAGAUCAGCGAGGCGCUGCAGAAUGGCGACGAGCCCCAGGACACCUGCGUCGCCAUCGGCUUCUGCAAGUCCUGAGCCUGGUCAGCACCUGCGUCCCGUGUCCGUCCCUCAUCUUCCGUCCCUUGACCUCCGUCCCGCACCCACACCCCGUAACCUGCACCUCACACCCCAUGCCUGUCCUGGGUGUGGGAGGGCACUUGGGGGUCCUGUGUCUCCAGGAG